AUGAAGGUUGAUUUUGAUGCUAGUUUUUUGGGUCAUUUGAAAGUGCAAUUUUUUUAUUUAGAGGAAUUAAUUAAUAUUUCCUCUAGAGUACUACCUAUCAUUAGUGCAUUUCUUGUUUAUCAUAUUGCAGCUAAAUUGGAAAAUAAAUUUGUAAAAAAUAACAUAAAUUCUGAUGAGGAUAUUGUUAUCAAUGCCUUAUCAUUGCCUAUUGAAUAUAUCUUUUACAUUAACUCAUCUGCUAAUUGA